CUUGUUCCGAUACUUCUGGGCGCCCCAUCCCUAGAGGCAGGUCGUAAAACCCAGCUAAUCUGGCCGACUGGGCCAACCGUCCAGUCCCUCGAUUAGAUUGCUGGAGAAAUGGGCAGUGCACGGAACCUCUUGUUGCUCUCCUCGUCGCGUUUGCACGGCCAUGGGUACCUGGAGCACGCCCGAGGCCAGCUGGAGGACCUCUUCAGGAGUGCCAGUGUGAAGACGGUGCUCUUCGUGCCCUACGCCCUGCGGGACCACGACAAGUACACGGCCACCGUGCGGGAUGCCCUGAAGCCCUGGGGCUACCAGGUGGAGGGGCUGCACACCAAGCCGGAUCGCGAGAAGGCCCUGCGGGAGGCGCAGGCCAUCUUCGUGGGCGGCGGCAACACCUUCGUCCUGCUGCGCACCCUCUACGAGCUGCAGUUGCUCGAACCCAUAAGGGAGCUGGUGCUCCAGCGCGGGCUGCCCUAUGUGGGCAGCAGUGCGGGCACCAACGUGGCCACCCGGUCCAUCCACACCACCAACGACAUGCCGGUGGCCUACCCGCCGAGCUUCGAGGCCCUGGCCCUCGUCCCCUUCAACAUCAAUCCGCACUACCUGGAGCCGGAGGCGGGCAGCCAGCACAAGGGCGAGACGCGGGACGAGCGGCUCCAGGAGUUCGUGGCCUACCACGGACUGCCCGUCCUGGGCCUGCGCGAGGGCACCAGUGUGCGGGUUCAGGCCGAGAAGGCCACGCUGCUGGGCGAUCGCAACGCCAAGCUCUUCAAGCCCGAUGGCGGCGCCGAGGAACUAGCUCCCCAGGCGGAUCUCAGCUUCCUGCUGCAGAAAUAAGAACUGAGAAGCACUCCAAAGAUUGACUUAAAAAAAACAUUUAAAUUGUUGUAUUUUUGCGCAAACAUAACAUCCUCCAAAAAAUUAUACACAUAAAUACACUUAUAUAGAUGUUUACACUAUGUCUAAAUGCAAUAAAAUUUUUUUUGGAACAAGAACAA